UAUCUGACCAAGCUUACAUGAGUUGUUUUUACUCCAUAUUUCUAUAAAGGAGAUGGCAUCUAUCCUUUGUAUAAUGUAUACUUAUAUCUUAUAUCACUUGCUUUCUAUACUUUACUCCAGAAACUAUAUGAAGGACAUGAUGCGUUAACAGAUGCAUUAAAGGCUCUUGUAAUUAAUCCCUAUAAGUCUAUCAAUCAUCGCUGUCAUCAUUGGCUGCCCUCCUGACCAAUGACCGAGCAGCGUACAGUCCAGCCCCCCUUCUGCCCCUCUCUCUCUCUCAGACGUGUCCAGUGCAUUGGGAGAUUUAAAGGUCCAGGAGAGUGGGCGUGGCCGAGGCUCAGACUGGCUGCUGCCCUGAUCAUUAGUCGUCACUUCUACCAAUGUGGAGUGCAGCAAGGUGUAAAUAGGAAAGUGCAGCUUAUCCUACACAUGGUGCAUCCUCCACUGCCCUCUCCACUAUACUGUGACAAGAGGGAACAGCAGCUGCUGCCAUAGCACCUAGUGCCCCCUGUCUAGAUCUCAUCACACUCCUACAAGAGGCUGCUGCAGGCACAUGUACACCUACAUGAUUUUUAACAGUGGAUUUGGACUGCAGAACUGAACAAGAACCCAUCCUAUAGAGUGGAGAUCGCCCUCUGAAGAAUGGAUUACAGCUACGACGAGGAUCUGGACGAGCUGUGCCCGGUGUGUGGGGACAAGGUGUCCGGGUAUCACUAUGGGCUACUCACCUGUGAGAGCUGUAAGGGCUUCUUCAAGAGGACCGUCCAAAAUAACAAGCGGUAUACCUGCACAGAAAACCAAAGCUGUAAAAUAGACAAAACUCAAAGGAAGAGAUGUCCAUAUUGCCGUUUCCAAAAGUGUCUAAAUGUAGGAAUGCGACUAGAAGCUGUUCGUGCUGACCGAAUGCGGGGAGGGCGCAACAAGUUUGGGCCCAUGUAUAAACGGGAUCGUGCCUUAAAGCAGCAGAAAAAAGCUCUGAUACGUGCUAAUGGUAUUAAGCUGGAAACUGUUCCACAGAUUGUGUCCCCAGCUCAAAGUGACUACACCAUCCCCAGCAACAUCCAUACCAUUCAUCCUGUAUCUAAAAAUGGGCCAUCAAACCCAGCUCCAAUGACACCUGUUGAGUAUGAUAGAAGUCCAUAUGGAGCUCCCCCACUGGGAAUGACAAUGCCUAACCAUACCCCUUUGUCCGGCUAUCACUAUUCUUCAUUCCAGAGCCGUGCCAUCAAAUCUGAAUACUCAGACCACUACACAAACAUGCAUGAGCCAGCACCUGCAGGACCUUAUGUAUAUACUGAGACCUAUACAAGCACUUCUCCACCAGACAUACCUGAAGUGAUCCUUAAGCUAUUACAGCUAGAGCCCGAUGAGCCUCAAGUGAAGGCAAGGAUAUUGUCUUGCCUACAGCAGGAACAGAACAAGAGCCGACAUGAGAAAAUUAGCAUGUUCGGCCUAAUGUGCAAGAUGGCCGAUCAGACCCUCUUCUCCAUAGUGGAAUGGGCUCGGAGUUGCAUCUACUUUAAGGAGUUGGAGGUCAGCGACCAGAUGAUUUUGCUGCAGAAUUGCUGGAGUGAGCUGCUAGUGUUUGACCACAUCUACAGGCAAAUGCAACACAGCAAAGAAAAUAGCAUUCUUCUGGUGACUGGACAAGAGAUUGAAAUGUCCUCAAUUGCUGCCCAAGCGGGAUCCACGCUGAACAACUUGGUCCUCAGAGCUCAAGAGCUGGUCAUUCUUCUACAUUCCUUGCAGGUGGACAGACAGGAGUUUGUGUGCUUGAAAUUUCUUAUACUCUUCAGCCUUGAUGAAAAGUUCCUUGAAAACCACAGUUUAGCAAAGAGUGCUCAAGAAAAGGUCAACUCUGCCCUCUUGGAAUACACAAUGUGCCAUUAUCCCCAUUGUACGGACAAGUAUCGUAUACUUCUGCAGAGGUUAGCGGAAAUUCGAUCUAUCAGCAUGCAAGCGGAAGAGUAUCUUUACCACAAGCACCUUAGUGGGGAAGUUCCGUGUAACAACUUACUUAUUGAAAUGCUUCAUGCAAAGCGGGCUUGAGAGGCCUCAAUCAGAAGUGACUCUAUAUACUAAAGCCUUCAAGAGAUUGCUUAGCCUAAACAAUCCAGGGACUCUGCAAAGAGCGAGAUCAUUUUUAUCAAUGCUGCCUGUCCAGAAAAAAAAAAAAAGAUCUUUGAUGUAUUUAACCUAUAGUAUUGGAAAGUUUCAGAUUUAUUUUAAUAUAAUUGUGGCUCUUUACUGAGUGUUCUAUUUUGUGUAAUGGGUUUUAAAUAUGCCAUUAUUUGUUGUGUUUUGGUUCAUGACAAUCUAAAUGCUUCUUAACAUUAAUGUGAAAAAAACAAACAACAAAAAAACAACCGCAACAUGUGUGGGUAACCUGUAGGUAUGUUUAUUUAAAAUAGCUGUAAGAUACCAUUUUAUUAUUUUAUCGUAUGUCCAAAGUUAAGCCAUAUUGGUGUGCCCUAACAUGGCUUGGUUGAAUCCAUUUUAUUCAGAUAUGUUGUGAAUGUGUUUAUAGUUCGGCACAAUAAGUCUAAAGCACAUAUUUUAAAGGAUGCAACAAAUAAAAGACUAUUGUAUUAUGUAAAUUG